AUGGCUCUCAUCACCUAUCCAAAAUCGGUAGUCUUCGACGCGAAUGGAAGCAAAGUGCAGUACACGCUCAUAAACUCAAGCCAAACAGAUCUCGUUUACAAACUUAAAUGCAACAAUCAUAAAAACUACAAAUUCAAUACUACGGAAGGAUUUAUAGGAGCUGGUGAUACCUUGAAAAUUGAAAUCACUCGCACGAAAGGACCACCUGGAAAGGAUCUUUUCUUUCUGCAUUAUGCAGUCGCACCAGUUGGCUCGAAGGAUCCUCAAGAAGUUUGCACCUGUGUGAUACCUAUUGCUACUAUAUUUGUGAAUAUGUAUGCAUAUUAA